AUGUCCAACAGCAGCUCCCUCAACGAGUUCCUCCUCCUGGCGUUUGCAGACACCCGGGAGCUGCAGUUCUUGCACUUCUCGCUCUUCCUGGGCAUCUACCUGACUGCCCUCCUGGGCAACGGCCUCAUCAUCACAGCUGUAGCCUGCGACCACCGCCUCCACACCCCCAUGUACUUCUUCCUCCUCAACCUCUCCCUCCUCGACCUUGGCACAAUCUCCACCACUGUCCCCAAAUCCAUGGCCAAUUCCCUGUGGGACACCAGGGCCAUUUCCUACUCGGGAUGUGUUGCCCAGGUCUUCCUCGUUUUCUUCUUCUUUGGAGGAGAGUAUUCCCUUCUCACUGUUAUGGCCUAUGACCGCUACGUUGCCAUCUGCAGACCCCUGCACUAUGGAACUCUCAUGGGCAGCAGAGCUUGUGUCAAAAUGGCAGCAGCUGCCUGGGGCACUGGUUUUCUCAAUGCUCUCCUGCACACUGCUAACACAUUUUCAAUACCACUCUGCCAAGGCAACACAGUGGACCAGUUCUUCUGUGAAAUCCCCCAGAUCCUCAGGCUCUCCUGCACAGACUCCUACCUCAGGGAAUUGGGGCUUCUUGUGGUUAAUACCUGUCUUUUCUCUGGGUGUUUCAUUUUCAUUGUGGUGUCCUACGUGCAGAUCUUCACUGCUGUGCUGAGGAUCCCCUCUGAGCAGGGCCGGCACAAAGCCUUUUCCACGUGCCUCCCUCACCUGGCCGUGGUCUCCCUGUUUGUCAGCACUGUCAUCUUUGCCUACCUGAAGCCCCCCUCCAUCUCCUCCCCAGCUGUGGAUCUGAUGGUGUCUGUUCUGUACUCGGUGGUGCCUCCAGCAGUGAACCCCCUCAUCUACAGCAUGAGGAACAAGGAGCUCCAGGAGGCUCUGAGGAAACUCAUUCAAGUGGUAGUAGUUCAGCAGCAAUAA